GGCGGCGGUGGUAAGAUGGCGGAGCAGCGCGCCGUGCGAAGGGGGAGCGGAGACGCGGAGUCUGAGCGACGAGAUCAUUGCACUCAAGAUAUGUUUGGAAAGAAAAGGGACCAAGCAGGAAGCCAAAACAAAUCCAUGGUUGAAGAUAAAUCACUUGGCUACCAACAGUUGAGAAGCCAGCAAAACUGUUUUACCCAGGAUCUGGAUGAUGAGGAUGGUGAAAAUAUGAAUCCUACAACGAAGGCGUGUAAGUUGCUCUUUCUGGGCACCACAGGUUCAUGCAGCACUGAUGUAAAAGAGAACCGUAAUCUGGAGAACAUCUCAGUUAAAGAAGGCACUCAAGCUCCUGGUGAGGCACAGCUUUCAAAUGGCAGCAAUUCCUCCAUUAACAGAAAACGGCCACUGGAAGAGGGAAAUAAUGGUCACUCUCAUCCUAAAUUUCGUGCCAAGAAGAGGAAGAAAACGCCUGGCCCCAUUCUACCAAAGAACGCGUUAAUGCAAUUAAAUGAGAUUAAACCUGGCCUCCAGUACAAACUUUUAUCUCAAUCUGGCCCUGUCCAUGCUCCUGUUUUUAUCAUGGCUGUGGAAGUCAAUGGACAAAGCUUUGAAGGAUCUGGGCCCACCAAGAAAAAGGCCAAGUUGCAUGUAGCAGAGAAAGCCUUGAGGUCCUUUGUUCAGUUUCCAAAUGCUUCUGAGGCCCACUUGGCUAUGGGUCGAAUGCUGCAUGUUAAUACGGAUUUUACAUCAGAUCAUUCUGACUUUCCAGAUACUCUUUUUAAUGGAUUUGAAACCCCAGUACAAGGAGAUGAUCCUUAUCUCUUGGGCUCCAAUGGAGAUGGUCCUUUCAGUUCAGGUGACUCUAACUCUUUUGGCGUCUCAUGUGGUAUUGAAGGCAGUAGUGUAGGUCAAUCAACACUGAUGGCUCCAUCUCCUUUUGCAAUGACCAGUGGUAAGAACCCAGUAAUGAUCCUGAAUGAACUGCGCCCAGGACUCAAAUAUGAGUUUAUUUCAGAGAGUGGAGAAAGCCAUGCAAAGAAUUUCAUCAUGGCAGUAACUGUAGAUGGUCGAACCUUUGAAGGGUCGGGGAGGAAUAAGAAGUUGGCAAAAGCUCGUGCUGCUCAAGGAGCUCUUCAGACUCUGUUUAACAUGCAACUGGAUUCGACACCAUCACGGCAACCCAUUCCCAGUGAAGGUCUUCAGCUUCACCUGCCUCAGGUACUGGCAGAUGCAGUGGCUCGAUUAGUGGUGGAUAAAUUCAGUGAACUAACCGACAACUUCACCUCCCCUCAUGCACGGAGAAAAGUUCUUGCUGGUGUUGUCAUGACAACAGGAUCUGAUGUCAAAGAUGCCCAGGUGAUAUGUGUCGCCACAGGAACUAAAUGCAUCAAUGGCGAGUAUAUGAGUGACCGAGGCUUGGCUCUGAAUGAUUGUCAUGCUGAAAUUGUUGCACGCAGAUCCCUCAUCCGGUUUCUCUAUUCCCAAAUGGAGUACCAUUUAAGUAACAAGACAGAAGACCACCACAAAUCCAUCUUUGUUAAGUGUGAUGGAGGAGGCUUCAAACUUAAGGAGAAUGUACAGUUUCACUUGUACAUCAGUACGUCACCAUGUGGAGACGCUCGCAUCUUCUCACCACAUGAGGCAGCAGUAGAAGAUCAGGGAGACAAGCACCCAAAUCGGAAGGCACGAGGUCAACUAAGGACAAAAAUAGAAUCUGGCGAAGGGACGAUUCCAGUUAGAUCCAGCAGCACUAUCCAGACAUGGGAUGGAGUGUUGCAGGGCGAACGAUUGCUCACGAUGUCAUGUAGUGAUAAAAUAGCAAGGUGGAAUGUCCUUGGGGUGCAGGGAGCUCUACUAAGCCACUUUAUGGAGCCUGUCUAUUUUGCCAGCAUCAUCCUCGGUAGUUUGUACCAUGCUGAUCACUUGUCUCGAGCAGUCUACCAGAGAAUCAGUGAAAUUGAAGAUCUCCCAAGCAUUUAUGUUCUCAACAGGCCUUUACUUAGUGGUAUUAGCAACACUGAAUCGCGCCAACCAGGCAAGGCACCAAAUUUCAGUGUCAAUUGGGUUGUGGAUGACUCAGGCCUGGAAGUUAUUAAUGCCAUGACAGGGAAAGAUGAUAUGGGACGCCCUUCUCGACUUUGUAAACAUGUUCUGCAUAGUCGUUGGUUACGCCUGCAUGGAAAGUUGCCCUUCUUAAAUCGAUCCAAACAAGAGAAGUUCACUUCAUAUUAUGAAGCAAAACAGGCUGCCACCGAAUAUCAAGCUGCCAAGGAGUCCCUGAUCAAAGAGUUCCAAAGGAGUGGAUUAGGCAUGUGGGUGAAAAAACCCAUUGAACAAGAUCAAUUCAGUCUCUCUGGCUGAGCCCAUGUUGGGACUUUUAAGGACGCAAAGCUGCUGGAAUUCCAUGUGUCAGAUGUAUUUAUUAACUUGUAACUUUAAACUAAUUUUUUUUAAUUUCCUUUUUUAAAUAAUAAAACGUGUCCCUUUUCUUGGCUAUCAGCUAGGUUUAUAAAAUAGCACAAAAAGCAAUGUACACAAUGCUUGUUUUAAUUGGCCUCUUAACCAGAAGAUAAUGUCAGUAAUUGGAGCCAUAAUUGAAUUGUGCAUCAUUGGCCAUAUUUAUUAACAUGUUGAUUUAAAAUUUAGUAUAAAUUUCCAAAAUAACAGCUUUGAGUUCUGUUUCUGAAAGUACUAUACACCUGUACAGUUGUCAUAACUUUUAAUCUUUAGAAUUAGUCUUUAUAGGGACAUGGUUUUACAAUUUAGCAGUUCUGGCAGGGAACAUCUUGAGAAGGGAUCAGCCUGUAUUUCAAAUUCAGAAGGAAAGAACAUGUCCCAGAUUCAUGGUUCAUGCAAUACUUUUGAUGGACAAAAGAUCAAUUAGACUACAAUAUGGGGGAAGUUCUGACCUGAGUGCUUGAACUCCUGUGAUCCCCUCAUAAUUCAUGAAGCUCUGUACCAUGAGCUUUAAAUUGUACAGUUUGUCUCUGUAUGUGUUCUCAGGACAAACAUUUUCCCUUCUGAAAAUGGGCAAAACCAUUGAGAACUGUGAAUUAAAAGAUGUCAUUGUAACUCUUGUAAAGAUCCUGAGAAGGGGAAAAUAUUUGCAAAUUAUAUUUAGUUACAAUAUCGGAAACAUGGCAUACAAGCCCCCGAAGUAAUCAGUAUUGUUACAGGCAAAUAAAUACAUAUUUGUUUAGCAGUUCAGGGUCUCCAUAUUUUUUUGACAGCUGCUGUUUCUAUUUGCAAAAAGCCCCCAGUGCAGCAAUUCAAAUGCUGUAUGUUUUCUUUGAGAUCAGGCCGUAAGCUUAACUUAAAGGCAGACUCCACUGAUAUCAGCGGUUCUUGUUGGUUUUCAUACUUUUCUUUCAAGGUGAAGCAAUUAAUUCAGCUGAUUAGUGCUGAAUCAUCUCCUGUAAAUGUCCAGGCAGAUUCAGCAUUGAUCUAUGCCAGUCCUUUCACUAGGUGUGGCUGUAGCAUUCCAAGAGUUCAGCUUCACAAAUCAAAGCCCAAAAAAUAUAUUUUAAAAUGUGAUGAAGCAUUGCAGUACAUUUUGGUAAAUUGUAAAUUGCAGCCCAGCCUAGCCAUAAAAGGGAUGCUAUCUGUCCAUACGUGUGCCUGCUGCUUUUCCUUGUUCUUUCUCCAUGCACGACUAUUGACGUGUUAUUUCUUUGUUGUGUAAACUGGAAUACAUAUGCGUUGAUAAAAAUGUUCCUUAUAUUAAACCUUUGCAACUGAAUGAAGGCAGCUGCAAGUGUGAAGGUCUCAGUGCAACAGUCAGUUGUGUUCUCUUUGCAGGGUUGCCUCAUCUGUCACAAAUAACAAGACUUGGAAGCUAACAGAGAUUGUAACACUUGAAAACUUGAAGUGCAAGUGUGUUAACAGCAAUCGUUUGAAACUUCUUAGCUUUUCUUUAAACUGGUAGCUUACUAAUUGUAACCAGUAGUUAAAUUGGUUUUUUCACAUCAUGGUUCUGGCUUUAAAACCUAAAUAGCAUGCUGACUUGUGAAGAUGGCUUUCAAUGUUAAGUGAUCAAAACGGGAGAUACUUAAUCUAGCACCAGAUUAGAAGACUGAAAUAUUGUAGUUUUACAGGUCUGAGAGAAUUCUUGAGCUUGGUCCAAUUACUUAUGAGUGCAGUUAGUAUGAGUGGUUGGUAUAUUCACUUUUACAGUACUCACUCAAAGUCAGUGUGCCCUUUAACCUCAUUUGUUACUAGUUACAUGAUCGACUAUGUAAAUGUCUGUAUGUCUUUUUUCUCCAAUCUGAGCCUUUGCUUAAUUGAAAGUGUACUGCUGUCAAUGUUGCCAUCAUGAUCAUUUUGGAGUGAGCAGAACCAAGUCUGGUCACUCUGGCAUAACAAGUAUAAGUUAUUCAACCUAUUUAAGGUUAGAUAUUCUGGAACCAUUUUAUUAGAGACAGAAUUAUGCUUUACCAUGUCUAUGUAUAAAAUAUACAUGCACAUCAAUUCUGUGUUAGUUACUGCUUUGAGAAAACUCUUUGAUCGAUCAGAAUUGUUAAUCUUGCUGAAACAAAAGUUUAACAGUAUCGAGUCAGUUUUUUUUCUUAAUUGUAUUCUUAAAAUGAUGGUUACUUUUUAAAUGAAGAGUUACGUGCUUAAGGUUCAUCUGUACAGAGUAUAUUUUUGCAUAGCUACUGUUUUUUUGUAGUUUUUUAUCAUGAGAAUGUGUCCUGAAUCCCAGAAAAUUGACAGCUUUGCCUAACUUCUUGUGUGGAUGUGGUGAGCAAACUUGAUAUUCCAUAAUAUUCCUGCUAUCUCAAUGAGCAUAACAAAGCCAGUAUUGGUAAUCGAACAGCAAGAUGUUGCACUGUGGGUUCUUACCCCUUUAUAUGUCUCUACAACUUUUCCAACUUUUCCUUCUGUUCAUCAGUUCCGAAAAGGCAUUUUGGAGGAAGAAGUGCUGCAAGCUAGCAAGUAGUAAUGCUUUUGGGCAUAGAGAAUUCAAUAUGCACCCGACUAACUUUAUAGUCCUCAAUACACUUGAUAGUUUAGAUCUUGGACCAAAUUUAAUGAAAUUUGAGCUUACAUUCUCAUUUUCCAAAGCAGACCAACAAUUCAGCCUAUAGUCAGCUGGUGAAUCUGAUUGUUUCAGAAUGCUUGAGUAGGCUGAUGAUGAUCUCCAAGUGAGAUCAUUUGAUACUCCCCAACCAGCUGGACCACAGAAUGGCGAGUUUAUAGAAGCUAGGAUUUGUGUGCCAUCUUUGGAUACCGUUUGCUAUGGGUAAGUGCUCAUGGGUAAAUGAUGGGACCUAUUUGAAAGUUUCCUUUCCAGGGCACCCCAGAGGUUUGAGAAUGUCCAAUUCAUGUCCCUUGACAGUGUGCUAUUGGUAGAUUUGCAUAUGUUUUUGUCCUUCCAAGCACAAAAAAAAGAAUUUAAUUGUGAUUCCAUAUUAGAAAAUAAAUAAUUACUGCAGAGUUUUAAAAUGUCCCAGAAUGUUGAUUUAUAUGAUGAUUAGUUUGAUAGAUGAUGUGAACAACUAUCUAAUUUUUUACAAAAAAUCAACUGUCAACAAUCAGUUAAAUUUCAGGUACCAGGAGUUUUACUGUAAUGUUAAAAAUAGAGAUGGAUUUCAAACUCACACUAACUGUUGUUCAAUGCAUUGUACUGAUAUCCAGGUUCAUAUGAAUUGCAGUACUACUUCAGUUCCUUGAGCUUGAAAUAGUUUCUGUUGUUUCUGCUUUUUGGAGAUUUGGAGAGAGGUAAGGAUCCAAAACUAGGGGUCAUAAAUGGAAGGUAGUCACUAAUAAAUCCAAUAGGAUUUACGCAAAGAAAAGUGACAAUGUGAAACUUGAUACCACACUGAGAUAUUGAAGUAAAUAAGGUGAAUGCAUUUGAGGAGAACCUAGAUAAGUCUAUAAGGGAGAUAGGAAUCGAAGGUUAUGCUGAUGGAAUUAGAUGAAGUUGUGUGGAGCAUAAACCCUGGCUAGCACCUAGUUAGCUGAAUGACCUGUUUCUGUGAUGUAAAUUAUAUGUAAUUUAACGUAAUUAACUAGAAUAUUUAUCUCAGUUGUAGAGAAUCAGUACUGUAAUAUUGUCUUGCAUAAUGGUAGAUCUGAUAUCCCAUGCUGAACUUGGUUGGUAUCAUCAGUAAAAUGCUAUGUCACAGUCAUCCUGUCCAGACUGAGAGACCUCAUUGUCUGCAGUGUAAAUUUUGUCUACACAGUGCAAGUACUGUAUAUUGUCCAGUACCUUGUGUUGAGACCUUUUCAUGUCAUGGGACAUAGGAAGGGACUGUAUUAUUGGCUCUCAAGGGAACCUAGUCAUAAUGUUCCCUUCUCUACAUUUAUUUUUGUGACCUUCUUAAUUUUAUAAGGAACGAAUGCUGAAACAAACUUUCAUUGUCUUCUGUAAUGUAAUUUUGUACUCAGCCAUUGGAAACACUUCAGUAAAUACAAUAUUUAUUUAAUUCACCUUGUACUUAAAUCAGUGCUAUCAAGAUGUCAAAUUUCAUAAAGGAUAAUGAUAUUCCAACAUCAAGCAAAAAUAUAAAAUAAAAUUUAACAGCUCAAAAAGAUUUUUCUUUCAAACAUUGUAAGUGUUCAAGCUGCAGCAAGGGUGCAAUUGAUAACAAGUUGGCUGUUGGAUAUAAUGACUACUUUUAGUGAUUGAUUAUUUUGGUUUGUUCAUUUUGGAUUGGGAAGGAUCAUGCUUAUAUUCUCCUUUUGCACGUUGUAUAACAUAGUUCAUAGUACCUUUCCAACGUUUAUCAGUUCACCAAUUUGGCACCUGAAUAAACACCAACUUCCAAAUUUCUUGACAUAUUCUGCUGCCAGAUAUCUACAGUUUUCAAUCAGUUGUUCACUAGCAACAGUACAAUCAAUUAUUGGCUAAACCAUAAACGUAUUGCAAUAGCAGUGAAGGUCAUCACUAGUGAUGAAGAGAGAACAUUUUAACCCACAGUUAAAUUCAGCUACUUUGAUGGAGUAAUCUGCCAUAUGAUCAAGUAUAACAAUGCAAAGGAAAAGUCUGCUGUUACCACGCAAAAUUAGGAGAUGUUAGUGCACUGUAAAGGCAGCAAGCAGGUUGUUUUGGAGACUCUGACUUAUAAGUUAAGUAUGAUGUUCAUAAAUAAGCAAACUUUACUAAACGUAGGUAGUAUUUUCACUGCUAUUAAAAAUGUUGAAACAAAAAAAAUUAUCUUUGAUCUAAUUCUAGAGAAGCAUCGUGGUCUGUAGAACAUUAAAUCAUUAUAUAGACCAUGUCAAAAAAAUCUUUAAAUUUUCUUUUUGAAACUAACUUGGAGUUGAGAAACUUGAAAUGACGAUAACUUAGUAUUCAGUAUUUAUAUUGUGUUUUGUUUUAUAAAGCUAGGUACAAUAUGUAUCAACAUUAAAAUUGUCAUUUCUAUCAGUAUAAACCACUGUAUACAUUGUGAAGAAUCUAAAACAGGGAAUCUGGAGUAAUUCCUUUCUGAUAUCGCUGUUCUAUACACCGAUUACUUAAAAUGUCUGUUUAUCCAUUGGCACAAAGUUAUCUGUGCCAAUAGCAAAUUUAGUAAUCUCCAUCCUUCAGAAUAAAGACAUUAGCAUGCUAAUAAAUUAACCAACCAUUGGAAAUUUUGUUUUCUUUGAGUACGCACUUAAGUGAAAUCUUAGAAUUUCAAAAAAUUCUGGUUGAGGAACUCAUUGGCAAAAUGAUUGCAAGCUGCAGGUAUUUGAUCAAGAGUAUGUCAGUACAUGUGACAAACCUUUGAAGGAAGUUUACUAUUUUAACCAUUGAGUAUCCCCUCUGUCUAGCUGAUCAAUUUCACAGUACCAUAAACAACAGGAUAUAAAGAAUAUCUAUCGUCACAUUGGCCUGUUUAACUCCAGAAUAGCUGAAGUGUGAUCUACAAUGAUAUAAUUUUGGCAUCCUAGUUAGUGACAGUUUUUAAUGCAGUCAGCACUAACCUAAGCAAUGAUCAAUAUGGUGUCCGUUCAAGACAUACUUGGUGAUAUUUGGGGGAGUUUACAGGUAUCUCAGACUAGUUUCUGCCACUCUGGUUUACGUACCUUGUAGGUAUGAUUAAUUUUAAAGCUUAAUUUUUCAUUUAUAACAGUUCCAUGCCAUAUCAAAGUAUAGUCAGCAGCCUCUGUUCUUUGUAGCUUUGUAUAUGUUUAACCAAAUGGAAAUCUUCCUCUUAAUGUAAUUCUGUGCUCAACUUGUAUUGCUCAGCCAAAGUCUUCAACAGCCUCUCAAACAUUUAUUAGUGUGAGAAAGGUGCAGGGGUAAUUAAGAUACAAAACUCAUUGUAGAAACAUUAGAUAAUCAUACAUUUUUAAAAUUGUUAAUGUUUGCCACACUUUUGAAUAACCGUGAAACCAACACAUUAAUUUUGAAUAAUUAUAUAGAAAACUUUUUGGAGGCUUCUGAUUUAAUAUUUAUAUUCUACUUUAGGCUCACGAAUUAGCAACAACUGAAAUGGUGAUAGGAAUUUAAGCUGAGAUUUAUUUUUACAGUUUUCUAUUUCAUUUCAUAGAACUUUGACAUGUAACCAAACACUGAACUUGUAGUGGGCAAUAUUGACUCAGCGUCCUCCACACAGUAUUGAAGCUGAAUCAUCUGGUGGUAAUUUUAGCAUCAUUAUUGUCAGGCAGUACUGAAGGUCCAAGCUCACCUAUGAAGUAGGUAAGGGACUGUACUGAGUGCAAGUCCCAGGUUUUUUUUCACAGUCGGCAAAUAACGUUUUAUGUUUGUGUGUCUCUGUGUGCAUCUUCUUUCAUCCUGUUUCUGUCUGUAUUGAUUGAUGUCUGCCACCUCACUUAACCUACUUAAUUAAAUAAAUCCUUCCUUGCUCCGCAGCCUUAUGACUGUGACUAAAGGAGUACAAUGCAAGACUUCUGGAAUUUUCAUUAUUUUGUAAAAAAAAAAGCACCAACAAAGCCACAAAUUGAAAUAGCAGUUUGGUUACAAAAUUGUUACAAUAUUUUUAUUGCUUUUGAGUUUGGUUUUGUGCUGUAAAGAGCUUAAGUUCUGAGAUUAGUAAGUUUUCAACUUUGUUGAAUAACUUUAGGGAAAGAAGAAUCUGAUGUGCAUCUCCAUCCUUGCAUUUGAGGUAUUUUAUGAACUGAACAAAAUUAAGCAGGCACUUUUAGGGAAUUUGAACUGCGCAGCUAUAUGCACCUUGUGAAGUCCAGACAGCAUACAUUGCAACAGAUUAACAUUAAACUGCGUGAACUAAUAACAUAUUGCCUUGGUAAUUUAUAUAUAAUAAUGAUCUCUGUCUUUUAUGUUUUAUCAUGAAGCAAUUCUGCCUUUUUUUAGCUUUACAUUGUUAGUGGGCAUCGAUAGUGAGACCAAAAUCUGUUGCUCCUCUCUGAUUGCCUUUAAACAGGUCAUGGUGUGCUGCUACUUUGAACUACUGCAGUUUAUGUGGUGUAAGUAGGCCCAUAGUGUUAUGAGGGAGGAAAUUCCAGCAUUUUGACCCAGUAACAGUGAAUGAACAAUGAUUAUCAUUUCAGUUCAAGAUUGUGUACAGCUUGGAAUAGAACUUUCAGGCUGUGGUGUUUCCAUCAGACUGCUGCCGUUCUUCUAGGUGUCAGAGAUCUUGAGAUUAGGAGGUUCUGUAGAAGGAGUCUUGGUGAGUUACCACAGUGCAUUUUGUGUAUAGUACACUGUUGCCGCUGUUUGUGGGGGGAGGGAAUCUAUAGGUUGGUGGAUAGGGUGCCAGUCAACCAACUUCUCUGUUCUGACUGGUUUGAGUUAUUGCAUGUUAGAACUAUACUUAUCCAGUAUUACAUCACCCUCCUGAUUCCUACUUUGUAAAUGGUGGGCAGGUUUGAGGAGUUGGGAGAUGAAUUACUCACCUUUAAAUUCCUAGGUCUCUGACCUGUUCCUGCUAACAAUAAUUGUAUGGCUGAGUCUGGUUUGAUUUCUGAUAAACAGUAACCCCAGGGUGGUGGUGAUCUUGGGGGAUUCCAUUUUGGUAAUGGCAUUACAUGUAACUAGUGUAACAAGAAAUGAAAUCCUGUGUUUGAACUGACAAAGGGGAAAUUAUAAUCUCUUUAGGUAGAAUGUUUACUUUGUGUAUAUCUUUUAACAAAUUCCUGAAAAGCACCAAUACCUUGCCGAUUCUUUAUAUUUCUAGGAGUUACAGUGAAGAGAGAGAUGAUGGAAGACAUUGCUUAGAUUAGGGAAACUUGUCAAUUGUUUUUUUUUAGGAGAUUGUUCAUCUUAACAGUUCAUGGUGACAUUCCACUGUGUAAUAAACAGUUUGUACUGUAAUCACUGCAUGAGUACCAGCACUAAUACUGUACCACUUCACAUUAACAAUCCCAGCAUGAUUCUCUGUUACAUGUAGAAAUAAAAUUGAAAAAUAAAUUUACAUCUGACUUCUAA